UAGUGCCCCGAGCCAACACAGGAGGUAAACAUAUGACGCUGUAUGAUACUGUUCCACAAUGGACUAUUCUGUGCCUCAUAUGUAGUGAUAAUAAAAUGUUAGAGUUUGAGAUUUGUGGUCGAAAAAUCUUCAAAACGAUCGUUAUGUGCUGACAACAUACAGGAAUGGAAAAAGAAAUCCCGAAAGAUAUUUCUUUCGGCGGCAAUGCUGGAUCCAGCUCAUCACGAGAAAUAUUUGUCUUCACGGCUGAGCCAAAAUUGCUGGAGAAAAAGAAAUGUCUCCGAGGUCAUUUGCGAUCCUCGUUAUUGAAGAAAACUCCUAGAAAACCCGUUUCUUCUAGAGAUAUCGACCUCGUUAGCGGAUUGUUUGGAAAAUUGGAAGUUGCAAAAGUUGAUCCCAAAAAAACAAAAGAAAAACCUGGUGAAAAUGUGGAAGUAGUGCAAAGUGGAAUUGAUGAAGAUUUAGUUCGGCCUUCGUCAACCUCUUUUCGCUUAAGGAGUCGAACUGUUCGACAAGCAAGGAGGAGACUGAAGGCGGAUGUUGUUGAAUCUAUGAAUGUUGCAUCUCCCCAGUUAUGGGAUCAAAGCUUUGGCAAAAAUAAAAAGCAGAAUAUUUCUGAUGAAAAAGUGUUCUUUCGAGCGACUGGUGGGUUUUACAGGAUACCUUUUGCGCCACCUGACGGCACUGAUGACGACACAAAACAGAGAACAAAACAUCAAUGUAUUUCCGCAAUUCCAUACUAUCAAAACAAAAGCAUGGAAGAAAUUCGCUUUGAAGACUAUGUAACAGGUCGCAAAGGACCGAUAACGAUUACACAUUAUGGACCAAAAUUUAGAGAAUGUAUUGGUACUGAUAUUAAUAUGAGAAACAGUCAGAGAAUAACCACACAUCACCAAUGUAUUUCUGCAAUGACCGUAUAUGAACAAAACAGUCUGGAAGAGCUGCGUAUAGAGCAUUACAUGCCAUCGACUGGAUGGCGAGAUCGUGAAAAGUAUUCUCUGACACAAAAAAAAAUGCAACAACUUCCAAUAACAUUAAAUUCCAAAGUUUACAUAUUUCAAGAAAACGAGAGGGAAGAGGGAAUAGUACAAUUCAUUGGUAAACUUCCGGACAAACCAAAUAAUAAAAUAUACCUUGGAUUAGACUUGAAGGAUCCAGUUGGUAUUGGGGACGGUUGCUAUAAAAAUUUAAGACUUUUUCGCACCGCAAAAUAUCAUGCCAAAUUUGUACCACUCGAUGCAGCUCUUCCUGGCUAUUUGUUUGAUGACGACACUCAUGAGUCAAGCAGAAAUAAAGAUACUGAAACUGAACUUCCAAUAGCAAAAAGUCUACCUUCGACCAAAGAGACUGACAAAGCAUGUGGCAGCAGCAGCAGCAGCAGCAGUAAAGAAACAAAUGUAUGUGCUGUCUGUUUGACAAAUCCAAUUUCUAUUUUCUUCUUGCCAUGCGGACACGUAUGUUGCUGUGAAAGGUGCUCAAAGAAAAUGAGAGAUUGUCCCUUAUGCAGGAAAAGUAUCAAAGCAAAACACAAGGCGUAUCUUGCAUAAGUAGUUUUGUUUUCUGAUUUGUUGGUUGAUUCGUUACUUUAUUAUGAAUGACUGCCUGGCCUUUCUCUUAUAAUUUGUUUACUUAUGAACGCGACGAAAUUUUCAAAGGCGUUCUUCAUUUAUUCUUUCAUUGUUCAUUUGAAAUUCUUCGCAUUUCAUUGCAAAUCAAAUUACAUCAAAUUAAAUAACAAUAAACAGGAACCACAUAAACAUAUGUAAUGACUAUCGAUCCUUGAUAUUUUGUGGACCUUGAGUAAUCCGUGUGAUCUGUUUGUACCAGCAGGCAGCAUUGACCUACAUUUCACUUGACUAA